UAUAUAUAUACACGAUAGUAUAAAGGAUACGCAGUAAAGGAGAAGGGCGAAGAGCAAAACUAGAGAAGAAAUGGGAGGAAAAGGGCAACAUAUUAUAUUGCUUCCAUUGCCUUUACAAGGCCACAUCAACCCAAUGCUUCAAUUCUCCAAACGUUUGGCGUCAAAGGGUGUGCGGGUCACCAUCCUCGCGCCGGCGUUUCUCCGAAAUUCGUUGCAGACAAACUCCGGCGACGGCUUGAUCCGUCUGGAGCCAAUUCCCGACAGCUAUAAGCCACCCGACAGCAUUGAUGAAUGCCUCGGAUGGUUCGAAACCAAGGUUACGCCGAGUUUCAGUAAUGUCAUCGAGAAACUAAACGGCGCCGGAGCCGGAUGCCCGCCGGCGAAGGUCGUCGUUUACGACUCAAUCUUGCCGUGGGCUCAAGACUUGGCCCGGAAACACGCCCUUCAAGGCGCUGUGUUUUUUACCCAAUCGUGCGCUGUCUGCGGACUGUACUACCUUGUGUACAGAGGAAGGCUCCCUGUUCAGGCGGAGAAUUCCUCCGGCGUCUCGCUGCCGCCGGCCUUCCCGGAGAUGGGGACUCGAGACUUUCCAUCAUUGAUGAUGGAGAGCGGUGCUCAAGCAUAUCCUUGUCUUUCGAAAAUGAUCGUCAUCCAGAGUGUUAAUAUUCAAAAAGCUGAUUGGAUGCUGUUUAAUACCUUUGACAGUUUGGAGAAGGAGGUGGUGGACUGGAUAUCAAGUGAAGCUCGAAUCAUGACAAUAGGACCAACAAUUCCAUCCAUGUACUUGGACAAAAGGUUAGAGGCUGAUAAAGACUAUGGCAUGAGCAUGUUUAAGCCAAACAGUGAAGCUUGCAUAAAAUGGCUUGACUCUAGAGAAACUGCUUCUGUUGUUUACGUCUCUUUUGGGAGCUUAGCCACCUUAGGAGAGAAACAAAUGGAGGAACUUUUUCAUGGGUUGAUUAAGAGCAAUUGCCAUUUCUUAUGGGUAGUGAGAGGCUCAGAGGAAAGUAAGCUCCCAAAGACUCUUCUGAAACCUGAAAAAUCAUUAGAGAAAGGUUUAAUAGUGAAUUGGAGUCCUCAACUCAAGGUUUUGUCUCAUUCCGCCAUCGGUUGCUUCAUGACUCACUGCGGAUGGAACUCAACGCUUGAAGCAUUGAGUCUGGGAGUUCCAUUGGUGGGCAUGCCACAAUGGACUGAUCAACCUACCAAUGCAAAGUACAUAACUGAUGUUUGGCAAGUGGGAGUAAGAGUUAGAGUUGGUGAUGAUGGAAUUGUAAGAAGUGAAGAAAUAGAAAGGUGCAUAAGACAUGUCAUGGUUGGGGAGGCAAGUAUCACUCUUAAGAGAAACGCUUUGAAAUGGAGAGAUUUGGCUAAAGAGGCUGUUAAUGAAGGAGGAACCACUGACAAAAGCAUUGAUGAAUUUCUCUCAAGCAUGGAUGCACUAGACAUUGGAAAAGAAGCCAUUUGAUUGAUCAAAUAUAAUAUUAUGCACAUAUUGUGUGUACACGUGCGUGUGUGAUUAAAUGUUAAAUAAUGUAAUGCAAAACAUUCUUUUGCAUGAAAUAUCAAUAACACAUAUGGGUAUACUCCCCAUUCUCCCUCCUUUAUAUGAUUGUAUUGUUAUUCAAGAUUAUUCAAAAUUGGCUAAUUGUGUCCAUAUAUUUUUCAUUUUAAAAAAACUCCCAGAUUUGCAUAUUUUAACUGUUUGAUUGAUUUUUACAA